GACCGAACAAAUUCCGCGUAUACGAGACGAUGCUUUUCCACGUCGAUGUGGGAGAUCCCCACCAGGUAUACUCAACGAGCACCGAGUUCCCGGCCAGCUGAUCACCACCAGUCGUCUGUUUCGAAUCGCGCGGGAUCGAACGCGCGAGCUCGUCUCAAUUUUUUAUCUCGUUAUCUCUCUCUCUCUUUUUUUUACAUCUCGCGCAAUGAUCUCCGGCCGGUGGGUGAUCGCGUUCCUCUUCGGUCUGCUGGCGUUUCCUCGGCCACACGGAAUCCACUGCGAGUCCACGAACGUCACCGAUGUCGCGGAACAGAUCCAAGCGGAGAACGCGCUGGCGAAACUGGUGAAGAUGUUCUCCAAACCGGGCGCGUUCAAGCGGAUCGACGCGAUACUCGGUGAGAAUACUAUCGAGGCGUCGUUCACGAGCUGUCCCAUGGGCGAGGAGGGCCUGGAGUGUCGAAGGGCGGAGGCUCGGCGAUCGGUGGACUGUCCUCGAGGAGACUGUUUCUGUUACGAUUGCGCCGCCGCCGGGCCCGACUUGUGGGCCUCCUGUUGCCGUGAAAGCCUGAGAUGUUGCUCUCAUCUCGCAGCGGCUUGCAGAACGUGCGAUCAUCCGACAUUGUAUCCCUUCUGCGCCAAGCACUUCAAGAAAUGCCUGACGCAGUACAACGAGACGAAAGGCAACGAGAAUUAG